AUUCUAUCUUUUCGACCAUAGAUUAAAAUUUGGAAAUAUUUACAUUACAAACUUACGGCAAACUACCAUGACUAAAUAUGUCAUUUUUGACAAUUUUUUACAAAAUCAUCUAGUUAUAUUAGUACACUUUGGAUAUUAUUUUGUAAUCCAAAAUCGAAAAUGAACAAUUCAAAAUUUUAGUGUAAACGGACAAACAUACAAACAAGAUGGAUCAUUAUCUCACCACCUACAGAAAAGAUUAUCUGUGGCCGAACUUACCUCAUGUGGGUGGCGAUGGGGAAACCUCAGGCCUAGCUGACACACCAAAACUGUCUGGUCAAGAAUUAGCGUUCUACCAAGCAUGCAUGCAGCAUACGAGGCCGCCCGACUGCCGAUGCCCGCAGUACUCUGGAGGGGAGAUGCCGCAACUGCCGCCUGGGAAGGAGGGCGGCUGGAGUCGGAAUGAGAUAAUGGGUCCUCUCCUAGAUCCAAAACUGUAUCCCGUGCGAGUCGCUGCGAGUCCUGAAACUCCAACAUCUCGCUACGAUCAGCCCAAUGCAUUUUUAGAUAAGCUUCAAUCGAAAUACCCAAUGCUGUACAGCAUCCUCCAGAACGAAGCGUCUCCAGAGCUCAAGCAAAGGAUCGACAGAGAUCGAAACAAGACCACUUACAGGGUAGAUUACUGCGAAACAGGACCCGGAGCUAAAUUCGAGGGUCUGCAGCGAGCAGCCGAUGACAGUGGGUCGGGCCCCUGCGCGCAGCCCAUGCGGCUUCCUGGGGACCCUUGCCGCGUCGGACCCAAGCCGCGCAUGACCACUCCGAGGACCAUGUCCAAGCAGGGCAGCGCUGGGGCUGGUAGCGAUCCGAGGGCUAAAUGCGAAACCACAUCAGCCGUACCGCCUUUAGGGAAAUCCGAGUACCAAGACGGAGUUUCCAAGCUUGGCGCUAUCAUAAUGCGCGACAAGCUACACAGGAGAUAGUGCCUAACUUCUGGUCCGAGUUGUCACACUGUAUAUACGCUUCAAAAUGUACAACUACCAAAAAGACAUGAUCUUAUCUUUCCCUAUCUAGAACACAAAUAAAUGAAGUUGAAAAGUC